AUGGUCCACCAGGCCAGAGACAUGCCCGCCGCCUUGGCCAGCAACACAGCCAGCAGUACUACCGAUGCACCCCAUACCACAUCGCAUACGAACAGACGCAUAUCGAGCGAGCAGACCAGGAGAUCUGCAGAGUACACCACAGCUACACCCGCGACAGAGACACCACCUGGCGGAUGGCCGAGCACACCCGGCGCAAACGGUGCGCUGAACGGAAGCAUACGGGAGGGCAUUGGCGGUAAGGAUGGCAGUAUACUCAGCGUACCCAAUGGAACGAAUGGCAGCGAAAGAGCGCCCAGUGCGAAGAGCAUGGCUCUCAGUAUGCGAUCACGCCGGAGUGCCGGGAACCUCACCGCCGAAAGUGAGCGAGGUGACAGAAGGUCGGGUGAAGCCGUGAAGGAGAACACCACAAGACCUGGCGUGGCCGAAGAAGGCUACUUUGCCUCACUUGCUAAUGGCAAGCCUGUCGCACCGACUAAGAGUCCGCUCAAGAAGCCGGUCACGAUACCCAACGGCGAUGUGCCUUCCAUGCCGAGGAGUGUAAGCCAUAGCGCGGUGCCGAUGACUCCCAAGUCAGCGCUGCCUCCUCUGGAAGAGGCCUCUCCGCAGACUGGCGCAAGGACAGAUCUGUUGAAGCCACCGAGCGCCAAGCCACACCGCGCGUCGUCACCACCGGCAUUCGAUCCCAGUGCACCAAGACCGGAGCGCUUGUCGCAACGGCAUACGCUCGAAGUACCAAGGGUUGAUACCUCGAGGAACUCCAAGGACAGUGCAGAGCUGAUUGGAAACAGCCUGGACGGCCAGAUAUCAUCUACUACCGGACGCUUCUCACCGAACACACCUACACGAAGACGAGCCUCUUUGAAUCUGACCAGGAGACAUACUCGGUCGGUCCACUCUGAUCUACAGCUGGACGAGGCCGCCCACGACGAGGAUGCCCAAAGAUGGGCAGAGCACAUCAGAGCGAAGCGAGCCUCCAAGAGGCAGCGCACAGAAACGGACGAUGACCGGGUUGUUGUCGGCACCAAAGUCGACGAGAACCACGUGAACUUUGCCACGGCCUACAAUAUGCUCACUGGCAUUCGAUUUACUGUGUCUAGGACGAACGCAAAAAUGGACCGGGAGCUCUCUGAAGCAGACUUUGUUGCCAAGCACAAGUUCAGCUUCGAUAUCAACGGCAAUGAACUGACACCUGGCUCGAAGUAUGACUUCAAGUUCAAGGACUACGCACCUUGGGUGUUUCGACACUUGCGAUCCAACUUUAAGAUUGACCCAGCCGACUAUCUCAUGUCGCUGACUUCCAAGUACAUUCUCUCGGAACUAGGAUCGCCGGGUAAGAGUGGCUCAUUCUUCUACUUCUCGAGGGAUUACAAGUACAUCAUCAAAACGAUACAUCACGGAGAGCACAAAUUCCUGAGGAAGAUCUUGAGAGAUUACUACCAGCAUGUCAAGGACAAUCCAGAUACGCUGUUGUCGCAGUUUUAUGGACUGCAUCGUGUCAAGAUACCUUUCGGAAGGAAGAUCCACUUUGUUGUGAUGAACAACUUGUUUCCGCCGCAUCGAGAUAUCCACCGGACUUUUGACCUCAAAGGCAGCACGAUUGGACGGGACUUCCACGAAGCAGACUUGGAGAAGAACCCGCGAGCGACCCUGAAAGAUCUCAAUUGGCUGAGACGUGGCCUACAUCUCGAGUUUGGACCGACCAAGAAGGAUGCUUUCGUCCAGCAGAUGCAGCGGGAUGUAGCUUUACUGCAGAAGCUGAAGAUUAUGGAUUACUCGCUUCUCGUAGGCAUUCACGAUCUUGAACGCGGGAACGAGGAGAACCUGCGUGACAAGACAUUACAAGUCUUCCAGCCGGGUGGUGAUAAGCAGGAAGAACAAACUGCUGGCCCACAUCAGCUUGCCAGGACACCCAGUAAGAUGGAGAAUGCGAAGCGAGCAAAGGAAUUGCGAGAGAUGGUCAAGAAGGAGCGGCCGAUACCGAUGGAGCAGACUCUUGACAAGCUGCCGGAAGAAUCGCACAAGAGCUCGUUCUACUUUUAUGCUGAUGACGGAGGGUUCCGCGCAACACAUGAGGAUGAUAGGCCGGGGGAGGAGAUCUACUACCUGGGCAUCAUUGAUUGUCUGACGAGGUACAACUACGUCAAGAAAGCCGAGCAUUUCUGGAAGGGAAUGGGCGGCCACGAGUCUCAAAUUUCACCCAUACCUCCCGACCGAUACGGCGAUCGAUUCGUGAGAUUCAUCUCUGGCAUCACCAUGUCUCGGGAACGUGCGCAUCAAGAGAAGGAGCAGGAGAAGGAGCGUGUUACAUCACAAGUGGAGGUCAACGCAGGGGUGCUUGCACCAGCGGGCAUAGCGAACACUCUCGACGAUCCUGCACUUGGUGGCAUCAACAUGUACAAAGCGGAUGCGAGUAAUCCACCAGGCACUGCCGAAGUCAUGAGGAAGGCAGAACAUCAAGCGGAGAAGAGUAGGAGGCGUGGCUCCCACGAGGAAGACGUUCCCGAGCGGACGAUUGGAGCGGUUAGAAGCCCUCUUGAUCCUCCGGGUGAACAAGCCACGCUUCCUGUGAUCGGGGAAGCAGCAGAGAGCGCUAGCAACAAUUCACGACACGCCACACCCUCGGCCAGCCACGAGGACGUCUACAACAAGAAUCAAGUCAUCUUGGGCAAUGCGAACAUGCCCUCCGAAGCCCUAGGUGAUAUACCACCACCCACUCCACCAAAAAUGGAUGGCAGCGUCGACCGCCGUAGUUUGGAAGAGCGACAAAGCUGGGGCGGAAGGCCGCCUCCUACACCACCGAAGGACGAACGACAUAGUAGGACAUUCGGAAAGGAUCUUCCACUGCCGCCUGCAACGAAAACGCUGAGCCAUAGUCCGAACAGGCUUGGCGAGCUGGAUUUUGAAUUCUCGAGCCAGACCAUUGGCUCUCGCUAG